GUGCGCCUGUGCCGCACGGGAUGGCUGAACAUUACGCAGCCCUUCCUGACAGAGGCAGGCACGUUCUGAAAGCUCUGAGUUCUGGAUGUGUGGGGACGGAAUAAAAGCCCGAUCUUGUCUGGAUUUUUGGCUCAGCAUGCGCUGACACCGUCUCUGCUUUGCCGAGUGGCCGCUGUGCAGAAAUGAGCGGGCGGUCAGCUGUCUGCGGUGAAUAAUGCGCCGACAUGCCGAGGACGUGUGCGGCUCCUCCGACUGGGAAACUUGCUGUUCGCUUGUUUUGAUCUGACACAAGAUGCAUCUCUUUCGGACUCAUAAUUACCAAGUGUUCCCUCACCGCUACUCGGUGGAGAAACCGACCAUAAGGGGCAUCAGCUGGACUCCACUGCCAGAGGCCCUGGAUCCAAAGGACACUAUGAAGCAGUUUCUUUCAGAUCGCGUUGUAAAGGCGGCGAGAUCGGUGUACAGUGUUAUGAUUGAGAAGAACCCCGGCCUGAUCCGAGACAGGAAGCAUCACCUGAAAACACACAGGCAAUGUUGCUCGGGGAAGGAGUUAGUUGACUGGCUGAUGAAACAGAGCGAAUUCCUCCAGUCAAGAAGUCAGGCUGUUGGAAUGUGGCAGGUGUUGGUGGAUGAGAGAAUCCUUGUUCAUGAUGAUGCUCUGUUAUCCUGAUGGAGACCACUCCAAUCAGGACCGGAGUGCUUCAUCACGGCCUAAACGGGAACUCAGGAAGAAUUUGCACUUAUUUCCAUGCAUCUGGAGUUAUACGAAGCUCUUACCUGACAGCUAAACUCACCUAAAGUGAAACAGGAUCUGAACUUCCUUGACAAGGAUACACAGUUCUACCGUUUCCAGGACGCAGAGCUGGGCUCGAGCCACGUCUCCAACGAGAAGGACUUGGAGGACGAGCUGCACGAAGCUCUGUCCCUGCUGUCUCAGCUGGGCCCAGACGCUCUGCUCAGCAUGAUUCUGCGUAAAUGCCCCACUCAGAGGAGCGCCGAGGAUAUUGAGGUCAUCUAUGAGGAGCUGCUCCAUGUGAAGGCUGCUGCUCAUCUCUCCUCUUCAGUGCGGAAGGAGUUGGCUGCAGUUCUGGUGUUUGAAUCCCACGUUAAGUCCGGAACAGUCUUGUUCAGCCAGGGCGAUAAAGGCACCUCCUGGUACAUCAUCUGGAAAGGCUCAGUCAACGUGAUCACGCACGGAAAGGGCAUUGUGACCACCCUGCAUGAGGGCGAGGACUUUGGGCAGCUGGCUCUGCUGAACGAUGCGCCGCGGGCCGCCACCAUCAUCCUGAGGGAGGACAACUGCCACUUCCUCCGUGUCGAUAAACAGGAUUUCAUUCGAAUCCUCAAGGAUGUGGAGGCUAACACGGUGCGACUGGAGGAGCAUGGGAGGACGGUGCUGGUGUUGGAGAAGAGCGCAGACUGCAAUGGGCAGGGGGGAGCUGCGGCUAACAGCAAAUACACGGUUAUGUCGGGAACACCGGAAAAAAUUCUGGAACAUCUGCUGGACACACUGAAGCUAGAUUCCAAUGGAAAUGAUCCUAUAGAUCCCUGCGUGAGCGACUUCCUGCUCACACAUAAAGUCUUUAUGCCGUCCAGCCAGCUGUGCUCAGCUUUGCAGCAUCAUUACCAGGCAGAGUUGUCCGAAGGCUCGGAGCAGGAGAAGACUGCUUAUAUCUUCAACACAAAACAGAGGGUAGUGAAGCUGAUCGCCCAGUGGGUGGCGCUGUACGGCCUUCUGUUGAAAGAAGACCCAGAUGUUUGGGACUUUCUGGAGAGACUGAGGAAGGAGGUUGGAGCUGAUAACCGUUUGUCCAGCAUCCUGAAGGAGCAGUUUAGGGAAAGAAGAAGAACAAAAGUGUUGGAGAAUGGCUAUCAGUCCCUGAGCAGGAAUCAGCAGUUUGACUGGUUUUCAAGUUGUGAGGAGCCAGCUGGGAGGCUACAGCCAAUCAAAGCACAGGAUAAAGUGUUGUAUGAGGUCUACACGCCAGACAGCAAACCCCUCUCCUUGAUGCUCCCAGUAAACACAUCUGUUCAAGAGGUGAUGUCCGCAAUAGUCAAAGCAGAGGGAGAUCAUGUGCUGGUCAAAAUGAACUCCACAGGAGAAAGAGCGCAGUUAAAGCUGGACGCCACUGCAGUGUACACUGCACUGGGUGUCAACGAGAGACUGUUCAUCUGCACGAGCAGCGAAGUGGAACAACUGCGGCCGCUGAAGGAGCAGCAGGGGCCGGAGCAGGGAACGACUGACCUCAUGGAGCAGAUGAGCUCCAAAGACGUUGCCAUCGAACUGACUAACUAUGACUGGGAACUGUUUACUGCCAUGCAUGAGGUGGAGCUUGUCUACUACAUAUUCGGUCGCCAUAAAUUCCCAGGGGCCACCACGGCGAACCUGGAGCGGUUUGUGCGGCACUUUAAUGUGGUCCAGUACUGGGUCGUGACUGAGCUGUGCCUCUGUGAGGAUCUGGUGAAACGGGCCAUUCUGCUCAAGAAGUUCAUCAAGAUUGCCUCAGUGUUAAAGGAGCAGAGGAAUCUCAACUCCUUUUUCGCCGUGAUGUUCGGUCUGGGCAACAGUGCUGUGCAGAGGCUGUACAAGACCUGGGAGAGAAUACCAAGUAAAACUAAAAGAAUCUACUGCGCCUAUGAGAGACUGAUGGAUCCUACACGCAACCACAGGGCCUACCGACUGGCUGUGGCCAAACUCAGUCCUCCUUACAUUCCCUUCAUGCCUCUGCUCCUGAAAGACAUGACAUUCAUCCACGAGGGCAACCCAAACUACGUUGACAAACUGGUUAAUUUUGAAAAAAUGCGAAUGCUUGCCAAGACAGUUAAAAUUGUACGAGAAUGCAGAAGCCAACCUUAUGUGCCUUCAUCACCACAAAGGGGCCUGGCUGAUCGGAUGUUCCUGGAUGGUCCUGCUACUCGAUUAUCUACAUACUCGGACCAUGCCCUCCCCCUGCGCUCUCCCAGCAACAUCCGACACUACAUUCAAAACCUGAAGGUGAUCGACAACCAGCGGAGGCUCACCCAGCUAUCAAGAACAAUCGAAUGCUAGGACACCCGCCUGUGGAUCUAGACAGACUGGAAUUUUAUAUGUAGAUCAGAAGCAGAAACUGGACUGCAAGGAUUAACUAAACUUUUACAUUCAUCUGAGCAGGAUGGAUGUUUUUUUUCUGCAGCGCAGAGUGAAGAUGUGCAAAAUGCACAGUAAUGACCUCAGUGCUGCACCACAGGACAGCUGGGAAUGUUUUUACCAAACAAGCCUUACAUCAGCCCAAAAAGACAAUGCACCAACAUGUAGUGAGUUGCUCUAUAUCUGCUGUAAAUGUUCUUUUCUUUUAUAUAUAAGACACGUUGUAAACUGCAGCCUGUGGAAGAACCCACACAACACAUGCCACACGUCUCUGCCACAAGUAUUAACUUUGGCUUGUUUGAGCACUUGUGAAUUUAGUUUCAAAGUAAUAUAUUGUAUUAUACAUUUUGGCGACAUGGCCACAAACUGACAUGCACAAUGUUUCAUACGGUGUUUUCUAAAUAAAUUAUUUUCCAAGUUA